UCUAGCAUGGGGUCACAAAUUUUGUGGUACUAAAUGUGUUCUUUGUAAUUUCCUGUCUAGACUUGUCAAACAGUAACUAUAAUUAAUACAAACUAAAAUUUCAUAAUUAUACAGAAAGCCAUUUACGAUAGUGUAACGUAAACUUUAUUAAACAGACUGGGUUUACGUGAAAUCCUUCAGAAUAUGGUUCACGUUUUACGAGCCAUACUUUUUCUCUAUAUUGUAAGAAUUGAAGGAGAAUUCAAUUAUCGAUUCGUGGAAGAGCGGUGUAUACUGCCAUGUACACGUCUUUACAUGAUCCCCAACAUGACGUUACAUUGUGAUGGCGACAGAAGCACGUGCGCUUGGCAGUGUGCGGCGCAGCGAAUGGGCUGCGAUGAGGGCCUGACCUACCAUUGUGCACAGGACUUUCAAAAUUAUGAACUUAAACGCAACAAAAUUGAUUAUAUUGAGGCAUGUGCGCCGGAGAGGUCUUGCAAUGCAGGGGAAGAGCCAUAUGUGACGUUUUCCUCUGACGACGUGAUACGGUCACAUAGAAACGCUAAAAUCAACUGCGUUCCGUGCGCGGACCCAAAUUUUUACAACAACCAAGCAGGAAAGUCUUCUGCCUCAUACAGUCGAUGCUACCAACAUAAGUUCAACAAAUGUAUCCCCGAAGACCAUAAAAUCAACUGCGGUGACAUUUCCUGGCGAGACCGAAAGGAGACCGACGGAUAUUGCCGAUGUGACGCAAGGAACGGUUACGCGCCAGAAAACGAGAACGUGAAAACGAGAUGUUUCUACAGUGUUGAGUAUUGUGCGCAUAAGACGUGUCCACAUCCAGCCCAGGAGCUGCUUUUAAAUUACACAUGUGGCGACCGGUGUCCUUCUGGAAUGCACCGGACGGAGAUAUCAGAUGAAUGUGUUCCUAAUAAACUCGAUCAAACCACGAAAUAUACACCUACGAUAUUGGUAUCUCAAAGCAAUGUUGGCAUAUCAACCACGACAGAAGCCAUAGAAGUUAUUUCUACUAAAAGAGUUGAUGUAAAGGGUAACUCCGAUGAAUCAUAUAAAGACUUUCUUCUCUCAUUAAGCAUUAUUGUGGGAGUUGUCGCCGUAUGGUCAUUAUUAUCAAUUGUGAGGUUUAAACAUAGACAUAGAAUAAAUAACUAUAAACAACAAACACUACGCCAACUGAUGAAAGCGGCAAACAUAGUGUAUGAAAUCGGUAAAACUAUCAUGGCUGGAGAUCCAGUGCAAGUGACAGGCGAUAAAUUAACUAUCAAGACUGACUCGAACAUGGAGCCGAUGGAGCCACCUAUUUACCCAGUUGGCAGUUCUCAAGGAAUCGAGAUAACCUCGUGUGCGCAGGAUGCAACAGAGGAAAUACCACAAGAAAUCGAGGAAACAAGUUUCAGCAUUUCAGGCGACCAGACAUUUCCGAGGAAAGAUCGGGAAAUCAAAGAUCAGAGUGAUUCCAAAAAACCUUUGCUGCUAGGACAUGAGAAAAGUCCUCCUCUAGAAAAAUUUGCCAACACAACUACCGUUAUCAUUGAGUCCAGAGACAAAAACGGUGAUAUGAACACCGCUUCCGGCCAAACCUCAAGAAGUAUUGCUGAGCCAGAUGAGAGUUGUGAAUUAUGCAACUGCGACUCACCAGGUAAUGAAACAGAGCUUCAAACACCCAUAUCUGAAGAAAUAAUCGCAGCGAAAAAGCUUUCACGAGGGGUCAAACCUGUCUAUCCCUCUGUUUCAUUUACAAUUGAAAUUUAUCUAAAUGAAGACGGUACAACAGCAGAGGACAUUGAUGAUGAAACAAAUGGCCACGACACACUUAGUACAAAGAGUGAAGACGAUGAAACAAAUGAAAAAAUGCACAAAAAUAAAAAAGGUCAGGUGAUAGUUCACGCAGGUACAGAUGCUGACCAAGUGGACAAAUUGUGCACAAGUUCAUGUGGUCAAGAAGCACUUUUCACAAGUGGGGAAGAUGAAAAAACGGACAAACUGCACACUGGUGCCAAAUCUCAAGCGAGACCUUGUUCAAUGCAGUAAAUCAGUAAAGAAAUUACAUGAAUCUAAAAGUGAAAAGCUUACUGAAUUUGAGACAGGCAGUGGAAAUUUAGAGGACAUAAUAUAUUUUUUAUGAAACGGAUCGUAAGCAUGUGUUAUUUUACUAAAUGUCCAUACGUUGUACAUAUUAGCACAAAUGUUUUGUGGGUUUUUUUAAUUAUUUGGUGUAUUGAUUACUCCUGUACCAAUUAUAUUUGUUCUCAUUGUCGCUUGGAGUUCGGUGUUUGAAAUAUCAGUUUAAUCAAUUACAUUAUUCAAACUGUAUUUGGACAAAUAACAAAUACACCUAACAUAUACCGAUUGCAUGGAGUAUAAAGUAGUGUGUCUCUAUUCAAAUGGUUUAAAAAUAAACGCACUAACUUCUUUCAAAAUAGCUUCAUUUUUUAUGUUAAAGACUUCCACUAAUUAUUGGUAUUUUAAUUUAUUCUUCUGAAUAUAGCCUUUUUAAACCCCUUUCCUUGUUGGAUGCAAAGUUUUGAUCGCUGAUGACAUAGACGGUCGUUUUGUACGCCUGCUCGUGGAAAAAUAGUUCUCUAAGAGUAUUUGGUAUAGUUUAUUUGUUUCACGUGUUUCAUUUACUUUGGAAUUAGCACUUGACAGAUCUUCAUUGCCAGGGUAGUGAUCAUAUUACUGUAAUUAUUCAGGCUUUUCAUAUCUUAUGCCAAAUUGACCAUGGCUACGCGCCUAGUUUAUUAUUCUUUCGAUCACAGAUUAUUCUUUUUGGCAAUUCUUUCUGUUGCUAACAAUGUUGCAGACUUCACUUAAAUGUACGUGUAUGUAGGCAAAGGUGGUCAUUAAAAUUUAUGAUCCAAGUAAGUAACUACAAUUCAUGUACAUGUGUAGUUGAUAAUUUAAAUUGAUAUUUUCA